AUGGGCAAAGGAACCAAGUGGUCGUCGGCCGAGGACGUUCAACUGGCUCGGUCGUGGGUCCACGUCGCCGAGGACGACUCUGUCAAGGGCGAAGACGCGUCGACUGACACCUUUUGGGCUAAUGUCCACACGCAUUGGACCGCAGGAAGCUCCAGCGCGCGGACGCAGCAAGCGAUCAAGAACCGCUGGAGCAUCCUCAACCGGCUAUCGCACAAGUUUGCAGACUGCGUCGAUCAAGUGCAAAGUUGCUCCACCGAGCGCAAGACCGACGACGAGUACCUCAAGGACGCGCGUGCGCUGCAUGUGUCGCUCGAGCACGAGCCGUUCCAAUACGAAAAGACGUGGCUGGAGCUGCGUGGAUGCAAGAAAUGGCGCUAUGGCAAGGCAAGUCACAGCAAAGUGCUGUCAGGACAAGAAAGCAGUGACACGAAUCGCGAGCAAGAAGACGCAAGCAACGAGCACGACGAAGGUAGUGACGACCAAGAGGAUGUAGCGACUGAGGCUCAGCGUCACAAGCAAGCCAAGCGCAAGGCGGACACAGAACCGUCCCUGGUGCGCGCCGUGGAGAGCCUCGCUCGCGCGCACGACGUGCAGAAUGAUCUUUUCGCCGACUACGUGCUGCUCCAGCUGGCGCUUCAGACGCACACCGCUGACGACGCCAAUAUUCUGGGGCAGCUCAAGGCCAACCGGCCGAAGAUGGACGAGGUGCACAAGGGGACGCGAGGCGAUGCCAACGUCAACUGGGACGCGCUCUUCCAAGCAUCGUGCCAGAAGAAGGCAUGCGCGAUCCAGUGGUGUCUCGCGCGCAACAACUACCAAGAGAAGCGCUGCAAGUUGGAGCUCGAUGCAUACAAGGCCUGCUGCGCCCAAGUCAAGACCGACCAUCUCGCUGCGUUAGAGCACGAGGGAGCGUAG